GAGUGGCAUGGCGGGGCCGCCAAGCAACCCGCGAUUCUUGGGUCUAGUCUUCCACUACUUGUAGGGAAGUGUUUAGAGAGUCCAUACUUCGUAUAGCAUAUUCUCAAUCCAAGCAGGCUGUGACAUCUAGUCUCGUCAACAUCGCGAUCCAUGUCUUCUUCCGAGGCUCAACCCCCCUCAGGGGGGACUCCCAUAUUCCUCCUGAAAACAAGAUCGACACCUACCGACGCCUACGAGCAGCUCUUUUCGACGCCACAAGAUGGGCUCACCUUUGAGCCUAGGUUUGUGCCUGUUCUUAAGCACCAUUUUGAAUCAGAAGCCAUUGCCCGUGUUAGAAGCCUGCUACGAGACAGAAGGAUAGGGACGGGCAUCGGAAGCUCCUACGGCGGCCUCAUAUUCACGUCUCAGCGAGCUGUCGAGGCAUUUGCCAAGCUCGUCGAGGACGGCAGAGACGAUCAAGGCUGGCCACACCUGCAAGAUGUCCCGGUCUACAGCGUCGGUCCUGCGACCUCCAGAGCACUCGGGGCCAUCUCUCAGGACCAUCCGCUGCAAACCUUCGGUGGGCACACAGGAACCGGUGAGGAAUUGGGCCAAUACAUACUGGAACAUUACAGUGAAUGGUACCGGGACCGGCCAGAAAAGCCGUCCUUGUUGUUCCUAGUCGGGGAGCAAAGGAGCAACAGCAUCCCGAGGAUUCUGAUGGACGAUAGGCUGCCGCAGAACCUGAGGAUCCAGGUGGACGAGCUCGUAGUCUACAAAACAGGGGUGAUGGAGUCGUUCAUGGACGACUUCGCCGCUGUUCUCGAUGCGACCGAGGACCGCGAUGCGAGGUGGGUGGUGGUCUUCUCGCCCACUGGCUGCGCGGCCAUGAUGGCAGCACUGGGUUUGCUGGACGAGGGAACCGGCAUGGCGAAGGCCAAGACCUCGCCUCGAAGGACCUUCAUCGCAACCAUUGGACCGACGACAAGUAAAUACUUGAAGAGCACAUUCCGGUUCGAGCCUGACGUCUGCGCGAGCAAGCCAAGCCCGGAGGGAGUCUGGAACGGCAUCGCCGAGUAUCUUAGGCGUUGACUUGUUAAUUUUUGGUCACUAUUUGCCCCGUUUGCGACGCUUGGAAGGCACCAAGGAAGGCGCCUGUCAGGCUGGCAACGACGCUGGAAUGGCUAUUGGCGGCGAUACAAGGGUACUAAGCCACACACGGACCACCGCAUGACGUCCAUGCCUAACCGGACGCACGCCACGGAGGGGCCAUGCACUGCAUUUUGGGAUGCUAGCGAACACCAAAGCGCCAAGCUUCGCCGAGCCCAAUAGACAUCACGUCGCCAUCAG